CCCCUCAGCUCCCUCAGGUGACUCUGUACCCAUAUGGCUCUAAGAGGGCAGGGGAGCUCCUCCAGCCACGGCUGGGGAAGAAGCACAAAGGCCAGGCCGCAGCGCCUGGGGCAGGAUGCGGCCCUGCUGGGCUCGCCUCUCGGAGGUAAGCUGCUCUAGAGGAAUUCCUGGCGAGUAACAGAAUCACAAGAUUUUAGAGCUGGAGGGGGGAGCUCAAGGGUCCUGGAACCACAGCUAAAAAGACUCCAGCUGCAGGAACUCCUCCUUGCCCUCGAAAGGGGCCGGAUCCAGGGCGCUGGACACGAGUUGCUGGUCUGCCCCGGGACUUGCUAGGAGGGCCCGGCCUGCUCUUGGGCCAUUCAUCCGUGUUAGUCAGGAGAGAGGAGCUAGGAGGGUGCGGAAUGGAGGAGCCCCCCUUGUGUGGGACAUGGAGGGUGAGGCUCCUGCUGUUUCUUGAGCUUUUCCCCACCUUGGCUUUCUCCAGCUCCAGGGGGACCAUGGAAGCCAAGCCAGGGACCUCCCCCCCGGCCCCGGAGGGCUGCCAGCCGAAGACAGGCCUUCUCUUUGGAGCCCCUCAGCCCCACAUAAGUGCUGCCCUGGGACCCAGGAACUCUGGUUGAAAGCGUCUUCUCGGGAGGAGGAGUCAUAGUCAC